GGGGGAGGCAGGAUUAGAACCCGGGUCUUCGGACUCCCAGUCCUUUGCUCUUUCCACGAAGCCACGCUAGAACUGUGUGUCCCCUACCUCCAUCCCCAACCUUCCCUGGGCAGAAGUGGGCGGGCGUCCGGCUCGCCCCUCCCCAAGGAUUAUCCACUUGUCCAUUCCCUCUGGGAUUCUGCUGGGUCCCCUGUUUGUUUAAUAUGUUGGCACUUUGAUAACGAUGUUGGUUUUGAUGUGUGUCCUGAAAGAACUUGGAUCCGGAGGCUGUUUAGAGAUAAUUGUUUCCACGCCCAUUAACCUGAAAUGAGAAAGCUCGGCCGGCUCAGAAGCCCGUUUACAGAGGAGCCAAGUGGGAGCAGCCACAGCGACCCCCCUACCCGGGCCCUGGAUGCUUGGGGCAGGAUGGGGCCGCGGGGAGAUCCCGACCCGUCGCAGACUUUCACGUGCCCUCUCCCCACCGGCCCCAGCCCCGACGCCGGGGAGACCCCACAGAAGACGCACAGGAGGAGGAGCAAGAAGCAUCAGUGGUUCAUGACCCGCAAGGCCCUGCUGGAGCAGCAGAGGGUACUGAAGCCCCCCGAGGGAGGGGGCACCCUCCCGCCGGAAACGGCGGAGCCUCGGCCGGGGCCCUCGGGAGGCGCCACCCCGGCCCCCCCCCCACCCUGCAAGUACGUGGCCAUUGACUGCGAGAUGGUGGGCACGGGCCCCGGCGGGCGGGUGAGCGAGCUGGCCCGCUGUUCCGUGGUGAGCUACCACGGAGACGUCCUGUACGACAAAUACAUCCGGCCCGAGAGUCCCAUCGUGCACUAUCGCACCCGUUGGAGCGGCAUCACCCCGAAGCACAUGCGGGGUGCCACCCCCUUCCAGGAGGCCCAGAAAGAGAUUCUGAAGCUGCUGAGGGGUAAGGUGGUGGUGGGCCACGCCCUGCACAAUGAUUUCCGGGUCCUCAAGUACUUCCACCCCCACCAUCACACGCGAGACACCAGUAGCAGCCCUCUCCUGGUCCGCCGGGCUGGCUUCCCCGCCCAGGUCCGGCCCUCCCUGAAGAGCCUGUCCCUCCAGCUGCUGAACAAAAAGAUCCAGAUGGGCAAUCACGGUCAUUCGUCGGUGGAGGACGCCACGACAGCCAUGGAGCUGUACCAGCUGGUGCAGGCCGAGUGGGAGCGGGACCUGGCCGCCAGCUCCCCGGUGGCCCUGGAAGACGCCGACCUGGACCCCAAGCACUACCUGGAGGACCAGUACUGGCCGGUGGACCUCAACGAGAGCUACAAAUGA